ACAAUUCUAUAAUAUAUUAUGCUAAAGAAACCAGACAUAGCUGUAUAAUUUACCCUCACGGAAAAGACAAAUUAAAAGGGAAAUAAUGAUAAAUAUUGAGAAUAGCUACAAAUUUCUAAUUUUUUAACAAUAUUGUUUAUUACUAUAAGCUUCAUAUUUGUUGUUUAAGCUAUCGUAAUAGAUAAAUAUACAAUACAAAAGGGUGCCUAUUUAGCUCGAGCGACGAGGCCAAAUGAUAUUAGGUUAACUCAGUUUAUAAUAGAUGACAACUGACAUUUUAUUUACCGCCAAACUAUACGAUUUGUUUAGUUGUUUAAAUAAAAAAAAAUUGUAGUAAAGAAAAUAGAAUAAUAAUGAAUAAACGAAAGGAUACAUCACCGCAAACUGCAUUCAAAAAACUAAAAUCCGAUAAUUUCUUGAGGCCACCAGUACCCCCUUUAGACCCCAAAAAGGAUACACUAAUAUUUCAAGAAUUAGAACUGGACCACUACACCGCUAACGUUUAUCCUGGUAUGCCAGGACCUCAAACAGGCAAAGUUCCGAUUAUACGUUUGUUUGGAGUCAACCAAACUGGUAAUAGCGUUUGCUGUCAUGUCCACGGCUUCUCUCCCUAUUUUUACGUUAAUAUGCCGAAUAAUUUUCCCCAGAACGAAUUAUUUAAUUUCAAGAAUAAACUAAAUGAUGCUGUCAUGUCUGAUUCAAUGUAUCCUAAAGGACAGGCACCUGAAGCUGUUUUGAUGAUUGAAUUGGUUAAAGGCAAAUCGUUGGUGGAAUUUACCGGAUACGAAGAUGAAACUUUCGCAAAAAUAACAGUCGCUCUACCGAGGAUGAUAGCGAUAGCUAAAAGAUUAAUAACAACGACGACCGUUUAUCAACCGCUAGCUUCUCACGUAUUUUUCGCUUUUGAAUCUAACGUAGAUUUUGAAACUAGAUUCAUGGUGGACACAAACAUAUUGGGAUGCUGUUGGAUAGAAUUGCCUUCUGGGAAAUGGUUCAGGAGAUUGAAACAAACCGAUUUCAAAACAACUUCCAGAUGUCAGAUAGAAACUGACGUAUCAUGGACGGAUUUUAUCGUGCACGCCCCAGAAGGCGAAUGGUCUUCGGUCGCCAAAUUCAGAGUACACAGUAUAGAUAUUGAAUGCGCGGGUAGAAAGGGGAUAUUCCCGGAACCCAACGUAGAUCCCAUAAUACAAAUAGCAAACGCUGUUGGUUAUCACGGCGAAAAAGAAGUAAUUUUCAGGAAUAUUUUCACGUUGAAAUCGUGCGCGCCGAUUGGACACGCCGAAGUUUACAGUUUCGAAAGUGAAGAAGAAAUGUUGGAAGCUUGGGCGAAUUUCGUCAGAGCUUUAGAUCCUGAUGUAUUCACCGGAUAUAACAUAAAUAAUUUCGAUUUCCCUUAUCUCAUCGAUAGGGCGAAACAUUUGAAAUUGACGCAAUUUAAUUAUUUGGGUAGAUUGUUGGAGGUACCUUCUGUGGUAAAAGAAACGGUAACGCAAACGAAAAUCGGCAGGAGGACUUACAAAUAUAUAAAUUUUGAAGGGAGGGUGCCUUACGAUAUGUUAUUGGUGGUGAAAAGAGAUUUUAAAUUGAGAUCGUAUACAUUGAACAGCGUUUGCCAGGAAAUAAUGGGGGAACAAAAGGAGGACGUUCAUUAUAGUAUAAUUACGGAUUUGCAAAACGGCAACGAACAAACUCGAAGACGAUUGGCGGUUUAUUGUUUAAAAGACGCCGAAUUACCUUGGAGAUUAUUGAAUACUAUAUUAAGUUUCACGAACGAUAUAGAGAUGGCGAGAGUUACCGGAGUACCGAUCACUAGUUUAUUGACCAAAGGAGAGCAAGUGAAAGUGGUGGCUCAAUUAUUGAGACAUGCUAGACAAGCCGGUUAUUUCAUGCCGACGCAUCAAGGCGCCCCUGGUUCGGAUCAAUACGAAGGGGCCACUGUUAUAGAACCCGUUAGGGGUUAUUAUACUGAACCGAUAGCCACUUUGGAUUUCAGUUCUUUAUAUCCGAGCAUUAUGAUAGCUCAUAAUUUGUGUUAUACGACUCUGAUUAAAAAACCCCAAAUGGAAAAAUUGAAUUUGACCGAGGAUCAAAUAACUUGUACGCCGGCGAAUUGCAUGUUCGUAAAAUCAUCGGUUAGGGCCGGUUUGUUGCCGCACAUAUUGCAACACCUUUUGGCGGCCAGAAAGAAAACUAAAGCCCUGUUGAAAAACGAAGAAGAUCCCGUAGUGAGGACGGUUUUGAACGGUAGACAAUUGGCUUAUAAAAUUUCGGCGAAUUCCGUGUAUGGUUUUACGGGGGCUCAAGUCGGUAAAUUACCGUGUUUGGAAAUAUCCGGUAGCGUAACUGCCUACGGUAGAACUAUGAUCGAACAAACCAAACAGGAAGUCGAACAACAUUAUAGAAUCGAAAACGGUUACGAGGCCGAUGCUAAAGUUAUUUACGGCGAUACGGAUUCGGUUAUGGUUAAUUUCAAGGUGGUUUCGUUGGAGAGGAGCAUGGAAUUGGGACAGGAAGCCGCCGAAUUGGUCAGCAAGAAAUUCAUAUCACCCAUAAAAUUGGAAUUUGAAAAGGUUUAUUAUCCGUAUUUACUCAUCAAUAAAAAAAGAUACGCCGGACUUUAUUGGACGAACACGAAGAAAUACGACAAAAUGGAUUGCAAGGGUAUCGAAACGGUGCGUCGCGACAAUUGCACUUUAGUCGCCGACAUCAUAGGCACGUGCUUACAAAAACUCCUCAUAAACAGAGAUCCAGAGGGCGCCGUCGAUUACGCCAAACAAGUGAUAUCCGAUCUGUUACAAAACAACGUCGAUGUCUCCCAAUUGGUCAUCACCAAGGAGUUGACGAAGAACGAUUAUGCCGCCAAACAGGCGCACGUCGAACUGGCCAAAAAAAUAACGAAAAGGGAUCCCGGUAACGCGCCCAAAUUAGGCGAUCGCAUCCCUUAUGUCAUAGUUGCCGGUACGAAAAACGCGAAAGCGUUCGAAAAAGCAGAAGACCCCAUAUAUGUAUUGGAAAACAACAUCCCCAUCGAUUCGAAAUAUUAUCUGGAAAAUCAAUUAUCGAAACCUUUGAUAAGAAUUUUUCAACCGGUUUUGGGUGAUAACGCCGAAUCGAUAUUAUUGAAAGGUGAACAUACGAGAAGUAAAACGAUGGUGACUUCGAAAGUGGGCGCUUUGGCGGCAUUUACCAAGAAAAAAGAAGUUUGCGUCGGCUGCAAAUCGGUAUUGACGAAAGAUUACGAACUAGAAGCCGUUUGCGGUUAUUGCAAACCGAAGGAAUCCAACAUUUACCAACAGGAAUUGAGCCAUCACCGUAUGUUGGAAAAUAGAUAUGCUUCCUUGUUUACAGAAUGUCAGAGGUGUCAGGGUUCGUUGUUCGAAGAGAUAUUGUGCACUAGUAGGGAUUGUCCCAUUUUUUAUAUAAGGAAAAAAGUGCAAAUCGAAUUGGAAACGACUAAAUCGAAAAUCGCCAGAUUUGGAGAACCUGUUGUCGUCGAACAAGAUUUAUUUUAAUAUGAUAAUCGAUUUUUCGCUGUUAAUUUAUCAGUUUUUAAGCGAAUUAUAGAGUUAUAGGUCGUUGAAAAAAUGUAGUGUACAAUAUGUAGGGAAAACGAGAUAUUUUUAUACGAAUUCUAUAUAUAAUAUGUCGUAUUUGUAUUAAAUUAAAUAUUAUUUUCAACUCUUGUUGAAAACCACUAUAGUGGUUUCUUUUUGUGAUCAAUUUGAGGUUUUUUGAAAUAUUUUUUAUUAUAAUUUUUUAAAAUGUUGUUAUUUCAAUAUUUGUGGAUGAAAUUAUCGAUUUUUCCCUGUUAAUUUACCAGUUUUUAAGGUGAAUUAUCGAGUUUUUUUUUAUAUAUUUAGGUCGUUGAAAAACUGUAGUGUACGUUUGUUGUUUACUAUAGUGUUUUUUUGUAAUAAAAUUCACGUUUUUCGAUAAAACUUAAGUUAUGAUUUGUUGAAAUGUUAUUCAAUUGUUAUAUAAAAUACUUGCAACGACAUGUUUCUGGAAAUAUUAGGAAAUGAAUUUUUUUUCUAUUUAUUUCUGUAUUUUCUACUCAUUUUGUCAUUUCUCUUUUUAGCCAGUGGAUUAGUUAGUGAGGUGUUGCAGGUUACUGAUUAAAAUCGGUAUUUUUGAAAAAAAAAAAUGGAUAUAAUUCGAUAAAAUAACAUCAAUUUUUUACAAAAAACCAAUAAAAUUAAUGAAACACUUCAAAUAUUCGAAAAUUUUUCCUUUUUUUAAUACUUUUUUAACUGGUUUCUUCAGUAUUGUAAAAUUGAGGUUAUUUUUCUAUAAAAAGUUUCUUAUUUUUUAUUUUAACACAAUUAAAAUCUCAGUGUUAGUUAUAAAACUGAAAA